GUCGCGUGGAAUGUCGACGGGCGUCGCUUGAAUAUUAUCGCUUUACGUGGUUUUUACGCGCGAUUUACCGACUUUUUAUUGUAAAUUAAGCGGUUUUACAGCUAUGGAAAAUUCCGCGUACGUACCCAAUUCGGGACACCUUAAUUCGCCCGCUUUGGUUGUUUUUUCGCAAGCCGCCGGCGGGUUGCAAGAUGCUCUACGGAUUCAAAGACCGUUUAAUCCACAGUUCGUUAUGUCAGAAGCCCAAAAAGAAUUUAACCGCCCCUUCUCAGCUUCAUCGUUCGGUUUACGACAUAUGGAAGCCUACAGCGGCAUCCCAGCUCACAUCCUUAACCACCUUCAACCCCAAUUCCUCCAUCCCGGAUUAUCGUUAGGCUCGGGAGCCUUUAGGCCCUUGGCCGACCUUAAAUCCUUCCCAUCCCCGUCGGCUUUUGCACCUCCGAAAUGCCUAAAAAUCGAAACUCCUAGUGACGGGAUGCAUCCAGGUCAUAAUCAUGGGAUAUUUUCUCCUUCGGAAGAUAGGAUUUUAGGACCGAGUCCUAGGGGCACGGACUCUUGUUCUCCGGCGAGCACUUCUUUGUCUCCUCAACCUCAAAAUGCUUCGGUUAAGGAGGAAAGUUUGGAUACGCAGAUGUCGGAGGAUGGGGAGCAUCAUUCGCGUACUACCGAUACUGAUUCACCGGGGAUUCAUGACGAUAAUAGAGGAUUUAGAAUAGGUCCUUUAUUCGGUGCUACAUUUGGAACGAACGGAGCCUACAGUUUCUCAGUUCCUGGAUUGCCUGGAUCGGCGGCACAUGCGCUCGCGAAAUCCGGUUUCCUAUUUGACCACGAUCUAGUACUAAAUAAGAAAAAACGGGAUCCGUCAAGCUGUCCAGUAUGCGGCAUCACAAUAUCAGCCGGGGAUCUCGAGAAUCAUUUCAUGCAGGAACUGGAAAGGCUCUACAAACUCACUGGCACUGGAAUUGCAGCAAGCAGGAAAAGAAUUACAAGAGAUCCAGGCAGACCACCAGCAUUGCCAGGUGACAGUGGACCAGAAGGCAGGUGGGAGACUUUUCAACGAAUCAAAACCAACAGACAGGGUAGACUAAGACUAAAAAUUAGGAAACGUAAGGCGGAUGAUGGCUGUGGAAUUUGUACAGGAAGGCCUCAUAGAACUCAAGAGGAAUUGACCAUGCACGUGGAACAAUGCUCUAGAAAGAUGAAUGAGGAAGAUGAAACCGUAGACGUAGAAGGCGACUCAGAACUCGAAGAAUGGCAAGAAAGUCAACGAAGACGAACAUCCUCCCUUGUAAGUGGUAGAAAUAACAAUACAACCACUAUCGACAACGAAGGGGAUGAUGUUAUUGUUGACGGGGAUGAACCGGAAGAAAGCAGCUUCGGACCAUCUCAGUACACCGAGUCAGAUGUCGUGAUGAAAGAAAAAGAUGGGGUUCAGUCUCAAGUGGCCACGGUGAAUUCAAGUGGUGAUGUCGAGGUGAAAGUGGAGUCCCAAGGGGCGCAGAACGGACAGCAAUGCGAUAGUAAUGUGAGCACUUCGGAUGCCGAGCCGAGUAGUAGGAUCCAGUUGAUUGAGGAGCUGAGGAAUCGAAUUAGGCAACUUGAGGCUGAAGGGGCCGCUAAUGGGGAGCAGACUUCUUCUAGUGAGGUGAUCACUCCUCAACCUGAUGAGUAUAAAUGUCUUAUUUGUUUGGAACAUUAUAAAAAACCAGUCAUAUCAACGGUAUGUUGGCACGUUCAUUGUGAGGAAUGCUGGCUGCACACCUUGGGGAGCAAGAAGGUGUGCCCCCAAUGCAGCAUGAUAACAUCCCCAACUGAUCUCCGACGAAUUUUUAUGUAAAUUGGUUUUUUUACCAAAACCUUGAUAUUAAACUACUCUAUACUAAUUCUAGAUGGUAAAGGUCUGCACAAUUACUUAAAACAUGGUUAUAAAUAGCACAUUAAUAAAUGUUACACCUUUAUAUGUUAUCAUAACAUAUGAAGGCUGACAUUUAAAAUUUACUCAUUUUCCGUACUUAAAUAUAAUAUACUACUAUUAAAUGUGAUCUUCGUCAUAUUAAAAUGAAAAUUAUCCUAGGCAAGUUAUAUUGUAAGUACACACUAUAUAGUACAUAAUAUAAAAUAUAUUUAUUGUUGAUUUUAUUAUAGACUAGCUAGAAAAGGUACUUCAUCAGUAUUUAUAUUUAUACUGAUGAAACAGAAGUGAAAUCUUAGGAUUUUAAAUUUUUGAAAUAAAAGUACUUACUUUCCUAGUUGUGUUGCCCACAUUAGUUUUAUUGUUGUUAUACUUUAGAUUUUGUGUUUAUAAGCAGUAUAGGAAACCGUUAUUCAAUACGGGGGUCUCGUUUGAUUGGUAACUGAAACUGGAUUAAUUUACUUAAAAAAUACCAUAUCUCCAAAUACCUCUUAAAACAGCCAAUAGUUGGCUGAAACAAGGAGGUGGUUUUUUAAAGAUGGGUUGGCUCUAAAUUGAGUAGAAAUUCUUUGAGGAUUAUGAUGAUUUAUUAGGGUGUUAUUUUUAAUGACUUAUUAGUGAAAAACGUGUGAAAUUAAUUUUUUUUUAAUUAGAUUUUCCUCGAUUUUCUUCCACUGUAUGGUAAAACUAGCAAUGGUUUGUUUUUGGGAAGAAAUUAUAAAAUACAUUUAAUUUUGAUCUUAAAAAAAGGUGUCCAAUUCAA